AUGCUGAGGUUGGUGUUUAGUAAUCCAGCCUACAUUGGAAGCUCUGAAGAUGAGACCAGUUGCGGAGAUCUCUUAAAUGAACCUAUAACCAGGACCGCCAUUUUGGAAUCAGCUGAUGUUAGAACAAAUGAUGUAAGAACAGCUGAUGUAAGAACAGCUAAUGUUAAAACAGCUGAUGUUAGAACAGCUGAUGUAACUACAGCUGAUGUAAGAACAGCAGAUGUUGGAUCAGUUGACGCACAAAAAGAAGCAACCGUUGAAUGUGCAGCGAUUGUAGAGGAGUUUAAAGGAACUGUCAAUAUACCCUUAGAAAUGAAUCCAGUUGGAGAGUCUGAUGGGACUUCUGUUCUUGCCUCUGUUGAAGUACAUAAAACACACGUUGAUAAAGACAGGCCUGAAGCUGAUGAAGUUGAUGAAGAAGGAGUUGAUCAAGUUGAUGGACCUUCUUCUUUAUUAGUUUGGAAUGGUCAAGAGUGGACAAGUCGAAGUAUGAUUGAAGGAUCUCCAAAGAACGAGAGAUCCUAUACCUCCUACGCUAAAUCAGUUUCUUACGAGGGAUCAAGAACGGAACCAACACUUGGAGAGAUUAGAAUAAUAGAUAUCCCAAUGGAGGAGAACCCUUCUAUCCUGAUCAACUCUAUCCUGGGUAUAUUCUACCCUGUAUACUUUAUCAACCUAAACCCAAGUCUACCAAAGUACUCUAGUUUACCCCGGGAACUUCUCAAUAAACAGCUGACAACCAUUAGAUCAUUAGGUUGGAUGGGACUAAUGUCUCUGGUAUGGACUGUAAACCCGUAUCCAACCUUAAAGCAAACCUCAGGACGAAUUCUAGGAGGACAUACAGAACCAGACCCCAGAGUUUUGAAACCACAGGAACAAGAGAAUACAAAUAUUCAAGGAAAUCUUCCUCCAGGAGUCAGAAAAAGGGUUAAUGAUCAUCUAGGACCAGAACACAUUGCUUUCAAUAUUAUGUACUGCACUUUAGCAACCAUUAUUAUCAUUCUUCCAACUAUUAUAGGAUUAACUCUGUUCAAACUUGUUCCUGUUCAAGAGACAACUAUUUUUACCAUACAGGAAAAUACUGGACUUAGAACAUUAAAAUCUCUUCGAGUGAAAUCAGCUGUUAAUAUGCCACUUUAUACUGUGAAGGGACUGGUUGGGAACUGUACUGCACUGUCGGAAAAUAUGCUUUUUAUACAUGAGAAGAUGGUCUGUAGAUUAGAGGACGACAUUGUAGCUGUCCAUAUAGAUUCUACUCCAGAGGCACAAUGGAGGGUCAGCUCUCCAUAUUACAUUACUAGUUUUUCUGGUCUUCCCACGUUAUCAAUCCGCAAAGUUGACUGGGAUCAGCUUAUUUCUAAACCAAACCAAACCUUUUACACAUCCGCUGAUCCAGUGACGUCAGAACUACUAGAAACACUAAUUCCCUGCAGGAACAUACGAAACUUAGAUUUAGGUAUUUUACCAGAAAACAGUUGUCAAGAAAAAACCUAUUUGUCUCCUGAUGGUCAAAUAUUUGAGAGAAACUGUCUCAAGCAUCAAUGCUUUAAGAAUGGUCUCCCUUGUGAAGAUUCAGCUGAGGAAUUCAAACUAAACCUUCCCUGCUCAGAUGUUUACUUAGAAGACAGUCCAAUACUUGUAGCUGACUCUGGAGAAGAGUUGAAGCAAGCUGAGUUUACAGUCGGAGAUAGGAGAGGGAGUUCGUCAAGGUUCUGUUGUAGGAAUACAACUAAUAUUAUUGAGAUAUUUGGAUCUAACUGUCCCAAAUCAGCAGCUGAACUCAUGCAGGAAAUCAGG